AUGUCUCAUAUUGCUUCAAAACUUAAGGCACUUAAACUCGAUCUUUAUGAUGAGUUAUUGGUGCAUCUGAUUUUAUUGUUUCUUCCUGCACAGUUCAGUCAGUUCAAGAUUAGUUAUAACUGUCAAAAGGAGAAAUAUAUUCUAAAUAAGCUCAUUUCAUACUGUGUGCAAGAAGAAGACAGGUUAAAGCAAGAUAAGAUAGAAAUUGCUCAUUUGGCUUAUGCCUCUAAGGAUAAGGGCAAGAAAAGAAAGAAUGAUAAUGAAGCUGCUAAGGGUCCAGUUCAGAAGAAACAACAUAAGGAUAAUCAGAGUUAUUUCUUCUGUAACAAGCCUGAACACGUAAAGAAUGAUUAUAUCAAAUAUCACGUCUGGCGUGCUAAUAAGGGGUUGUAUGAGCUACCGAAAGCCAAGUGAUAUUGAAAGACAUAUUUUUGUGGACGACGGACAAUCGGUAGAUGUGGAAGCAAUUGG